CCUCACCCGCGAACUGCUUCUGACUGCUUCCAGCAGAGGCAGCGGCGCUCCCAUUGAUCAGGGGUCUUCCAGAAGAUCUCCCCUGAGCCUUUCCAGCUCCUCACGCCUGGGCACCGAGUCAGCCCGCUCGCCCCCCAAAGUGGCAACUUCUGAAGAACGCGGUCAGAUGCCAGAAGGAGCUUCUGGGGUGACGGACAGCCUGUCCCACCGCGUUAAAGGAGACCGCUAAAAUAUAGAUGUGCAGCUUGUAUUGAAGAAACGAGACCGUGCUGACAUGGGAGACGAGGGGGCAGCCGUUAGCUUCAGCCUGCUGCGAUCAUCUAUGUCACUUGGUCAGAAGCCCGCCGUGCAACCGCAACGUUUUUAAAGCAGUUUCUCAGAUGGAUCAGCUCAGAGGAACAUUUCACCAAGAUGCCUGAGACUAUGGAAUAAACAGAAUAAUACUUAUGGAAUUAAAAUUACUGUAUAUAUUAAAUUGUUCUGGUUCAACAAGACCUGAAAGGUUACUUUAUCAUAUUAUUAAUUUACAUAUUUACUGAAAUUUGCUUCUGAUGCAGCUAAGAAAAAUGCAGUCCAUUAAAACAGAAGAGGCAUCUGCUGAUACAAGUGGCAACAUGGACAAAAUUAUGGUUCUUAAUUCUACACUGACUGAUGUAUCAGAUGACUUAGCUACUGGUGAUGAAAUGUUACUUGCAGAAGGAUCCAUUAUAAAAAACAAGUCUUCAGCAUGCAGGAGAAAGCGGGAAUUCAUUCCAGAUGAAAAGAAAGAUGCGAUGUACUGGGAAAAACGGCGGAAAAAUAACGAAGCUGCCAAAAGGUCCAGGGAAAAGCGGCGACUGAAUGAUCUUGUUUUAGAGAACAAGCUAAUUGCACUGGGAGAAGAAAAUGCCACUUUAAAAGCUGAGUUACUUUCACUGAAGUUAAAAUUUGGUUUAAUAAGCUCUUCUGCAUAUGCCCAAGAGAUUCAGAAGGUCAACAAUUCAACAGUUCUUUAUUUUCAAGAAUAUCAGAAUUCCAAAUCAAGCGUUAAUACUUUCAUCGAUGAACAUGAGCCAACUAUUGUAAGCAGUAGUUGUAUAUCUGUCAUUAAGCACUCACCACAAAGCUCUUUAUCUGAUGUAUCUGAAGUGUCCUCAGUAGAGCAUACUCAAGCAAGCCCCAUACAAAACCAUUGCAGAAAUACUGAUGAUAAAUUCCAAAUCAUAAAGCAGGAACCUAUGGAAUUAGAAAACUAUGCAAGAGAUUCACGAGACGAAAGAGGGUCCUUUACAACUUCAAUAUAUCCAGGCUUCAUGGGAAGCCAUUUUAAUGGCUAUUCACAUUCCCCUCCACUGUUGCAAGCAAACAGGUCCUCCAGCAAUUCUCCAAGGACUUCAGAAACUGAUGAGGGUGUUGUGGGAAAGUCAUCAGAUGGAGAAGAUGAGCAGCAGGUUCCUAAAGGUCCAAUCCAUUCUCCCGUUGAACUUAAAAAUACUAAUGCCGUAGUUAAGGUUCCAGAGGUAAGCUCUUCUGCACUUCCUCAUAAACUGAGAAUUAAGGCAAAGGCCAUGCAAGUCAAAGUGGAAACAUUGGACAAUGAAUACGAUGCCACACAGAAACGACUGUCACCUAUUGAUAUGUCAUCUAAAAGACAUUUUGACCUUGAAAAGCAUAAUGCACAAAAUUUAGUACAUAAUACUCACACUCCUUUCUCAAUUCAAGUGACUAAUAUCCAAGACUGGUCUCUGAAACCAGAACACUGGCACCAUCAAAAAGAACUGACUGAAAAAUCUCAGAGUGGUGGCAAAACUGCAGGGCUUGAUGUUAAAGACAAUUCCUACAAAGUCUCUGAGACAGAAAACUUGUACUUGAAACAGGGCGUAGCAAAUUUGUCUGCAGAGGUUGCUUCACUUAAGAGACUUAUAACUACACAACACAUCUCUGCUUCAGACUCUAGCUAAAUGACUACUGAGUAAUUAUUAUUUUAAAGGAUGUCAUUUGCAGUAGAUUGGUAUGUUUUGUAUUACGCUGAAUUUUCACUGGACUUGGAAUGUCAUUUCACUGUAAGGUUCACAUAAUGUCUGAUGGAUGAUGUGUUUUUGUGCACAGAUGACUGUGGAGAUGAGAUUGUCAAAAUCACUAGCCUUGUGUAUGGUGAAGAUGCCUAUGUACAUGCUGUAUAUAUAGUGAACAUUAUUUUUCUGUCAUUCUGUUACUAUAAAGUGUGAAAGUUGCCAGUUCCAAUAAAAAAUUGGUGACAAGCA